AUGAAGAAUCUCGCAGUUCUUGUUGCUAUGGUACUCUUCUCAUGCUGUGUCACAUCCCAAGUCACAGCGAGAGAUUUGGAGUCAAUGCCAUCAUUGCGUAACAAAAAGCUCGAGUGGUGGCACUACCAUUACUACCCUUACUACCCUUACUUUCACCCCAAGCCACACUGGCCUCUCCCCUUUGCCGGAAAGGCCUUGCCGCCACUUCCCGCCGGCUACAACCACCACUUCCACCCAAUUCCGUUCCAUCCACCAGAGGUGGUCACCAAAUGCUUAUCUGAUUGCAAGGAGGUGGAAACUUGUUUUGCAGAUAUCGCUAAAGCUUUCUUCACACGCAAACCCGUCAUUGGAUCGGAAUGUUGCGCGUCGAUACUGAAGAUGAAUGACGACUGUGAGAAGACUAUCUUUGGAGCAUACCAUAGCCCUUUCUUCAACUGCUUUGUUAAGCUGCAUUGUUCCACCAAAGCGGGAUCUACCCCGUCUGCUCCUUCGCCGGCUUAG